UUCAAACAGUUUCUAUCCUAAAAAUAUACUUCCGCUUCUUCAAGCGAUUAUGGCUGGCCCUCAACAGUAUGUUGCUUCCCUGCGAUUGGCGCAAGCAGCCAUUUUCAAUGGCAAAGGAUUUGAGGAUGCUGCUGGGUAUGCUCGAUAUCUUCUCAAAUUCCAAGAUCGUUCCUUAUGUCCUUCCAUCACUCUGGAUCCCUCUCGGUUUAACGGGUAUGGGAUGGAUAUUCCACGCCUGAUUAAUUCCAUUGGCUGGGGUGAUAUACUCCCUAAUCGUAAUUUUGGUUUUUGGCCUGAGGCUGUAAGGAUGUUCUAUGCAAACAUGAAGCCAUGCUUCCAAAUCUCCCCACCCUGUUUUACUACGAUAGUUUACAACUAUCUGAUCACUAUCAAUGUGGAACUCUUGUCACUGCUUUUUGGAAUUCCCGUUGCUGGUGCAGAAGUCCAGAAUGAGUCUGACUUUCACUUAGUUGACGUCAAUGAGGGGGAUGCCUUGCGACUGUAUACUCGUGAUAUUGGUCGCUAUUACCCUUCUGACUUCCAUUCUGGGAGACUUCCUGAUGAUCUCAAGGUUUUACACUUCUACAUCACGAGGGCUUUUCUACCUCGAUCCCAUGGGCUCAAUACACUUUACCCCUCGGAUCUGUGGAUCCUCGCUAGUGCAAAGGAAAAUCGCGUCAUUAGCUAUCCACGUCUCAUGAUCGAUCACAUGCUGAACCAUCAUGAUGCCAACUAUGAUGGAGAACUCCCUUUUGCUCCUCAGAUAACGCAGAUCCUGCUGGCUUUGGGUUUGGAUUUGCGUUUCAAGGUAGCUCGAGUAGACAUACUUAGCUCUCUUCGGGCUCUGUUUGUGCUCCGUAAAGUUGAUGCUUAUGUUGGACGCCGUCGCCCGCUGGUCAAUGCUCCAGGGGGAGAAGCAGCUAGCCAUGCAGUUCCUCCUCGCGAGGAUGGACUUAGUCUUGCGGACUUGGGAGAAGAAGAGGCUAAAGAAGCGCCGGAGACAAAAGAUAUUGUUGGGAUGAUAAGGGAUAAUGGCAAACAACCGAUGAUGCAUCCCUUGGAAGUCAUUCAAUCUUUGUUUCGACGGGAGGGGGAAGCUAGUAACAGUAGGAAUCAGAUGCAGGAAGAUGAAGAUGGGAUUUCUAAUUAUGUUUCUUCACCUGAUUAUGGGUUCUAGGAUGAAUAUCGGUCUUAGGGGGAGUUAGUUAGGUUGGGGUCUUGUCUGGUUGGAUUAUAGUUGGAGGCGCCCUUAAGAGUGAGUCUGUCUGUCUUUCUUUUCAACUCAGCAUGCCUGAGUAUGUGUCCGAAUGUCUUUGGCUUUAGUUCUGUGUCCGAACGUUUUGUCUGGAUAUUGAAUAAAUAAACUCCCCUUUAAUUAAAACAGUUCGUUUCU